AUGGGUCAUUAUGUUACUAUUGCAACUUGUAAUUUAAAUCAAUGGGCUUUAGAUUUUGAAGGUAAUAGAGAUAGAAUAGUUGAAUCAAUUAAACAAGCUAAAUCACUCGGUGCUAAAUUACGUGUUGGUCCAGAAUUGGAAAUUUGUGGAUAUGGUUGUCUUGACCAUUUUGCAGAAAAUGAUUUAUAUCAACAUUCAUGGGAAAUAUAUGGUGAAAUUAUAUCAAAUAAAGAAACUCAUGGUAUUUUAUUAGAUAUUGGAGUACCAAUAAUCCACAAUUCAAUAAAAUAUAAUUGUAGAAUCAUUUCAUAUAAUGGUAAAAUAUUAUUAAUUAGACCAAAAUUAUAUCUAGCUAAUGAUGGAAAUUACAGAGAAAUGAGAUAUUUUACCCCAUGGAAUAGACCUAAAUAUUGGGAAGAUUACCAAUUACCAAAAUCUAUACAAAAAUUAACAGGUCAAUCAAGAGUCAUUUUUGGAGAUUGUAUUUUACAAACUUUGGAAACUAGAAUUGGAUUUGAAACUUGUGAAGAAUUAUUUACUCCACAAUCACCACAUAUCAACAUGGCUUUAGAAGGUGUUGAAAUUUUUACAAAUUCGAGUGGAUCACAUCAUGAAUUAAGAAAAUUAGAUACUAGAUUAGAACUAAUUACUGAAGCAACUAAAAAAUGUGGUGGUAUAUAUCUAUAUUCAAAUCAAAAAGGUUGCGAUGGUGAUAGAUUAUAUUAUGAUGGGUGUGCUUCAAUUAUUAAAAAUGGGAAAAUGGUAGCUCAAGGUUCACAAUUUUCAUUAAAAGAUGUUGAGGUAAUCACAGCUACUGUUGAUUUAGAUGAUGUUAGAUCAUAUAGAAAUCAAAAAUCUGCCCACAUGCAAAGUGUAAAUUUAAAAGAUCAUUAUAGAAUUGUAUAUGUUGAUAUUGAAUUAUCACCAAGUGAACAUGUUUUUAAUCCAACUAUAAUUCCAACAAAACCAAUACCGAUUAAAUAUCAUCUACCAGAAGAAGAAAUUGCAUUCGGUCCAGCAUGUUGGUUGUGGGAUUAUUUAAGAAGAUCAAAAUGUGGUGGUUAUUUCUUACCAUUAAGUGGUGGGAUUGAUUCUUGUGCAACUGCAGUAAUAGUCCACCUGAUGUGUAGAUUAAUUGUUGAAUCAAAUGAAGAACAAGUAUUGAAAGAUAUUAGACUAUUAGUUAAAGAUGAAGAAUUUACACCAAAGACACCACAAGAAAUUGCACAAAGAUUAUUUUAUACUUCCUUCAUGGGCACUGAAAAUUCUUCAUCAGAAACUAGGUCAAGAGCAAAUGAAUUGGCUGAAAAAAUUGGUUCUUAUCAUGUUGAUUUAAAUAUGGAUAAUUUAGUUUCUGCAGUAGUUUCAUUAUUUGAAGUUGCAACUGGUAAAAAACCAAUCUUUAAAGUAUUUGGAGGUUCACAAACUGAAAAUUUAGCAUUACAAAACAUUCAAGCAAGAUUAAGAAUGGUACUAAGUUAUUUAUUUGCACAAUUAUUACCAUGGACAAGAGGUAAACAAGUACCUGGUUUAUUAGUAUUGGGAAGUGCAAAUGUAGAUGAAUGUUUAAGAGGUUAUUUAACAAAAUAUGAUUGUUCAUCAGCUGAUAUUAAUCCAAUUGGAGGUAUUUCAAAAACUGAUUUAAAAAGAUUUAUUAAAUGGGCAGAAAUAAACUUUAACCUUCCAAUCUUAAACGAAUUUAUCACAGCUACACCAACUGCUGAAUUGGAACCAAUUACUAAAGAUUAUGUACAAAGUGAUGAAAUAGAUAUGGGAAUGACCUAUGAUGAAUUAUCAAGAUUUGGAACAUUAAGGAAGGUUGAUAAAUGUGGACCAUUAGAAAUGUUUAUUAAAUUAUAUCAUGAAUGGUCACAACCACCUUAUAAUUUAACUGCUGAACAAGUAGCCGAAAAAGUUAAAAGAUUUUGGUUUUUUUAUGCUAUUAAUAGACAUAAAAUGACAACUAUGACACCAGCAUAUCAUGCAGAACAAUAUUCACCAGAUGAUAAUAGAUUUGAUUUACGUCCAUUUUUAAUAAAUCCAAGAUUUCCAUUUGCAAGCAAAAAAAUUGACGAACAUGUCAAACUUAUAAAUCAAAGACAAAAAGAAUUAGAAAAAAGUAAUAUUAGUGUUGAAUAA